AACUUGCACGAGACUCGGGGAUAGUGGUCUUCUUCAUCCACAAAUCGAACUUCCGGCUAUUGGAAAUAUAAUGCUGUAAAAUCAUAUGAAUAGUGGACUGAUGAAGAAUGCUACAUUUUAUUUAACGGAAUUUGGCACGGCCGGCAUUUGGCAGAAACAUUCGAGCGAAUGUUAUCACGUGGAAAGAUAGAAGAAAAUGAAUUUCGAUUCUUCAAAUUUACCGUCUUCGUCCACCGACAAGGAAUUACAGGAGUUUCUGCUUAUCACAGAACAGAAAGUUCAAUUUCAAGCUCAAGUACAUAAUCUAACUGAUGUCUGUUGGGAUAAAUGUAUCGACAAACCUGGAUCAAAACUCGAUGGACGAACGGAAGCGUGUCUGACAAAUUGUGUGGAACGUUUCAUCGACACGUCCAUGAUCAUCACAAAACGCUUUGCUCAUUUAUUGCAAAGAUCUAUAGAGCAUUCGUGACAAAAGUUUUAUUUAGUGAACUAAUGUAAAAUAUUUUAGCAAAAUGUUUAAUUCUGAAAUCUAUAUUUUGAAUGUAAAAUUAUACAUUUAUUACAAUAUAUGUUUUAAUAAUUAUUUCUUUAGAAUAAAGUAACUCUUGAAAAUUAUAUCUUAGCUACUAAUUUUAAUUUUAUUAAAAUUAUAGUAUUAAUGUAUAUUCAAAUAGUUGAUUGUUAUAGAAAUAAGAUUAUGAUGCAUUUAAAUGAACAAGACAGUAUUAUUAAAAUUAAUAGUUUAUGCUUUGUAGAAUUUUAUGAAACAAUUAUGAUUUUAAAUAAUUUACUCAAUAACAAAGUAUAUUUGUAAUGUUAAAUUCUUAUUUAAUAAAUAUAUAUAUAAAGAUAAGAUUAUAAAUAAAUCAAAAAUUGUAAAAAUGCUUAUGUUUUUGUCAUGCUGUUGUAAGAGAUUACUCAAAAAGUUAAUUCUUGAAAUUUAUGCCAAUAUGAUGUGACCAGAAUUUGACCUUAAGAAAAGGUAAUUUAGCUCUGGUGAAUAUUUGUACUUAAGUCCAAUGAUAUAGUUAAAGGCCAUAUUUUUUCAAAUCAAAUCAAGUUUCUUAUUUAUAUCAAUAAUUCAAGUGUACGAAAGAAUUUUUACAAUAAAUCUUUUAAUAAUGAAGAUCAUUAGCUUUUGAUUUCAUUUUAAAAUAAAAGUCCCCUUUUCAGUUUUAUACAGUAUUUGUAUGAUUAAUUUAUAUAAAAGCAUGUGCAUAUUAUUUUAGUUUGUCCACUUAUAAAGAGUAAUUAGAUAAAAAAGAAGGAAAAGACUACUGUAUAGUUCUGCUGCAUUUUGUAACAUUUUUGAA